GACGGACAGAUCAGGCUCGCCGCGAGAACGUCGACGGGUGAUCGAGAUUAAUAGACUGCUGUCCUGUCAACUGCGGUCUCCUCAUCGUGAACAGCAACCGACUACCAUCCACUGUCCAGUCUGUCUUCAGAUCGCAACCUGCGUGGGCCAUCGACCAACAUAAACUAAGAAAAUCCAUCGAACGAUCGGCACAUUGUCCGUAAUAUCAACUUCCGGUUAUUAUAGUCUGAACUUACGUUACGAGUCAGUGCAAUAGAUUCGUGAUUUUAAUUCAGAAGUAAUCAGCAAAACCUGGCACUUGCUGGAUUUCGGCACGAAUUGGAUAAAGGGAAUCCAGUAGAAUGAGAUAACAAAAAAAAAAAAAGUGCAACUGCAAUAAUCACUCUCGAAAAACGCCACGCUCAGCAAUCAUUGCUAUAUCGUCAGUUGAUCGGGUGUUUGCAGUGCAAAUCCUUUAACAAGGAGCGAACGAAUUCUGGAUCCGAAAGGAGAGGUCGCAGCCCACAUGAGGAGUACCAGACGCUGGUGGAUCGUCCUUGGCGGUUUCACCCUGGUUUAUCUUGGAAAUGUUUGCUUGGUCGGUGCGGAUAAUGAAUCUACGAUAGAAGUUAAUGCGACUCAAGUCACAGAGGAAUCAAAACAGCAACAACAACAUCUUUGUUGUGCUAGACACGAGAAGAUGAUCGACGUGGGCUAUGGGAUGUCCGACCAGGUGAUUCAGGUGGACGCUGGUCACUGCCGAAGACUUUGCCCUCGUCACGCGGUAGACGAUCCAGGAGAUGCGAGUCGACCCGCCGUUCAGAGAUGUCCUCUGGACUGGCACUGCCGUCCGAAUUCCGCAAGAUUGGAGAGGAUUUCAACUCUUCAGGGUGUCCGAGUGAUCGAAGCGGUAGAUUCUUGCGAUUGCACCCCGAAACAAGCGUGUAGUAGGGAGCCGUACACGUACGUGGUGUAUCCUGGAACACCCCAUCAGGCGGACAUAGACGUUGGACUCUGCAUGGGUCAUUGUUCGAAGGGUUUGGGAUGCAAACCGAUGAGAAACAGAACGAUCAGUAUCGUUGGUCCUAAUGGGGACGAGGUCCAUCAAGUGAUAGAGGAAUGCGGGUGCAGCGACAAUUGCUACAGAAUGACUCACGUGGAAACUGUGCUCGAUUUCAGCGAGGUAGAAAUAAAAGACGGAUCGAAUUCCACGGAAGUUAAACCUCUCGUCAGGGCCAUCGACGUUGGUCAGUGCAUCGGCUCCUGUCCCGGUAAAGAAAAGGAGACGUGUCUCCUCCGUGACAAAAAAGACCCAACGAGGUGUCUCGCCGGACUUUAUUCAAAACAACACUAUUGCACUCCAGCUAGAUUCAAAAUACACGAAUACAGAUCCCGAAGAGGAGCGAUGAGGGAAAUAAUCGCAAUUACGCAGUGCGCCUGUGUCUAGCGAUCUAUUCGAUCGAUUCGCCAAUUAAUUAUAAUAUCUCUUUAGAGAAAAAAUCUCAGUCCGAUUAUACACACUAAGAAUAAUUUUCUGAAUGAGCUGAAAUAACAUCAAGAAUAAAAAAUGACACAUCAGUAAUAUAAACACCCUGAAACGAUAUUAUUAUUAUUAAUUUUAUUAUUAUUGUAUUUCAUAAUGUUCCUAAAUGACUUUAGUGUAAUGAUAUGUAUAGGUAUAUGAUAAGCGUAUGUAUCGCAUUGGCUAAUAAAUUUCGAAAUUUGUAUGA